CGCCACCAAUCCAAAAGAAGCACGACCAGCUCAGAGGAUGUGGUUCGACACCAUAAACUGUAGUCCAAUAUCUGCUGGUGGUGUGUGAGAGAACGAUGGCGCAUCAGACGACCGACCCAACAAACCCUGAGCGAUGGGUGGUGGUGUACCCGGCAUACAUCGACUCUGAGAAGACCAUUGCACAAGGCCGUCGCAUUCCAAAGGAGAAGGCCGUUGACAAGCCAGACAUCCGCGACAUUAUCCGUGCAGUGUCGUCCGAUGACUUUCAGUUGCCAGCCAAAGUGGAGAACAAAGCGUACUGCCGUGACUACUUGACGCGCGGCCGUCUCCGCGCACAGCUCAAGAACGCAGAUGGCUCCUUGGUGAACCCCGAGUUUCCAGAUCGCAAGGCGUUGUACUGCUACUUGGCAGACAAGAUCAAGCACUCUGAGGAGCGCAAGCUGCAGAAAGAGAAGGAAGCGAGGGAAGAGGCAAAGGCAAAGGCGAAAGCAGCAAGCAAGGCGAGCAAAGCCGCAGAGCCGAGACACGAUAAGCGGCAGGGGCGACGCGGCCGCAAGAAGAGAUAAACUGCACAUGCACGGUGUCAAGGUCUUGUUACAAAUACGCCUCUGUGUACAUGUGUGUGUGUACGCGCAUGUGUGUCUGUGUGUCUGUAGGAGAAUGUGUCGGUGUCGAUGCAUGUGUACACACAUUCCCCCUCUCCCUCCCCCCUCUCGCUGUCGCUCUGUGUGUGUGUGUGCGUCCACCUGAUCGCUGAUUCUUCAAAGUUGCCUCACACACCCCCGCCAUGUGUUGGGCUGCUUGAUUCGCUGUUGUGGUUCAAUACAAGAUGAUGACAACCAAUAAUCGAUUGCCGCCUCCUUCCCCCUUCAAACUCUUCCAUGACGGUACAGCCGCCCUCACAGCAACACCAUAAGCACACGG